UUCCAAUCGAAACCGCCUAUAAACUUCCUCCAAUUUCUCUCCGGCAACAGAAUGGUUGUUCCGAUCACUUUCCUCUCUUCAUUUUCUUAGUUCUGAUCACUUUACAUCACUCCAUUUUUUUCCCGAUCAAUUUCCAGUGUACUCUCUGCUAUGGCGACAAAGUCGUCUCGGAGUAUUGAAAUCACCGUCAUCUCAGGGGAGGAUUUGCGAAUCGAUCGGAAACCCGUGAAGAGGAAAACAUUCGCAACCGUCAAGUUUGAUCGCCAGAGCUUCGGCAGCGGCGGUGGAGAAACGGAAAUUGACGAACGAGGUGGCAGUUAUCCGUUAUGGAAUGAGAAAAUGGCGUUGGAGAUUCCGGUGGAUGCAAUGUUCUUGACGAUCGAGGUGCAUUGUGGUUCUAUUUCGAGGAACAGGAUCGUCGGAACUGCGAAAGUUCCGGUGUCGGAUUUUCUCGGACGGUAUAGGCCGGAAAGUUAUUUGCAUUUACUGAGUUAUAGAUUGAGAGAUGGAAAUGGUGAACGGAAUGGAAUCGUUAACAUUUCGGUGAGAGUUAAGGUACUGGAAUCGGAAUCGGAAACGGCGCUUACUUCGAAAGGAAAGGUUAGAAUUCCGGCGGCGGAGACGGCGACAUUCUACCGAAGUGGCGGCGGUGUAGUGAUCGGAGUUCCUCUUUGGAGUUCUUACUCUUACAAAUCUUGAUGGACUUUCCGAUGAUUUGG